AUGGUGUUUGUGGCGCACCAGCUAAUCGAGAAGGCCAUCGAACAUGAUACGCCACUGUAUGUCAUAUUUGUCGACCUGAAGAAGGCUUAUGACAGCAUACCUCGUGAGGCGUUGUGGCUUGUCCUCGGGAAGCUCGGUAUUCCACCUACCCUUCUCAGCUUGAUUCGGUCCCUACAUGUCGGCAUGAGGGCUCGGGUUCGUAUAUCUGGUCGCUUGACGGAGGACAUAUAUGUUAACAAUGGUCUUCGCCAAGGCUGUACUCUUGCCCCCACCCUAUUCAAUCUGUAUUUUGCUGCCGUAAUGUCGUCUUGGCGUUCCCGCUCUUCUGUUCCCGGCGUGUCCCUGCGCUCACGCCCUGGCCGGAAGCUUGUUGGGGAUCGAACAACCAAGGCGCGACUGAACACGUACCAAGUUACCGAGUCCCAGUUCGCUGAUGAUGCCGCUGUAUACACCACAUCAAGAGAACAUCUGGAGACCCUGGCAAACGAGUUCAUCGCCUGUGCCUCUCAGUGGGGUCUCACUGUCAGCAUCGCCAAGACAAAGGCCAUAGCAGUCGGCCCGGGGGACCUACAACCUGAUGUCGUCCUCGAUGGUGGUGGGGUUGUGGAGAUGGUCUCCGGCUUUACUUACCUCGGUAGUGUGGUGAGUUGCGAUGGGUCACUGGACGUGGAGAUCACCUCCCGCUUGGCCAAGGCAUCUCGUGUGUUUGGUUGCCUCCUGACCCCGAUUUUCCGGUGCCGGGGUUUAUCCAUCGGCAUUAAGUGCAUGGUGUAUCGCGCUUUUGUCCUGAGCACUCUGUUCUACGGUGCAGAGACAUGGGCUGUGAAGGCUACCCACGUCCAUCGGCUGGCCGUCUUCCAUCGCUCCUGUAUUCGGUCUAUCCUCGGUGUAUCGCGGAUCCAGCAGUGGGAGGACAGGCUCACAUCGGCAGAAUUGGGCAGGCGAUUUGGCAUGUCUCUUGACAUCUCCGAUUUGCUCCGACAGCAUCGUCUGCGCUGGCUGGGGCACAUUGCCCGUAUGGAGGAACACCGCACUCCGCAGCAGAUGGUAUUUGGCGAGUUAUAUGCCACUCGCCCCCGCCACGGUCCGAAGAAGCGAUGGCGUGACGUUGUUGUCACUGAUCUAGCUGCGGCACAGAUCGGAGAGGGAGAAUGGUUCCAUCAGGCCCAGGAUCGCCCAACCUGGAAGCGGUUGUGUCGUCAGCAGCCUCCUCCACCCGGACCGAAAGAGUUCCGUUGCGCAUGUGGCCGUCCCUUUGGCCGCAUUGGGGACCUGAAGAGGCACGCCCCCCACUGCCGCGUCUGA